AUGACGGUGCGUAAGGAUAAGGAGGGGGCUUUGGAGGAGGCGCUCACUGCAGUGAGCGGCCAAGGGGGUGCGGGUCCGAAGGUAAAGAAGGGGCGGUUGGAGGAUUGGUAUGGCGAGGGGGGGAUGUCGGCGAAGCGGGCGGCGGGCGAUGCGAUUUGCCUCUUCCUCGCGGGGACGCGCACGGCGGAGACCAUGUGCGAGCACCCCCUCUUCCUCAACAUGCUGCGCGCCGUUAACGCUGCCGGAGGCGGCUACGUUCCCCUCAAGAAGGGCUACGUUGGAGGCGCCGGGUUGCUAACGUGCAAGCAGCAGAUCGAGAAGGGUUUGUCGCCCAUUACGAAGUCGUGGAAGGAGACCGGCGUGACGAUCGCCAGCGACAUGAUGAAGGACAAGAGCGGCCGCGCGCAGCUGAACGUCGUCUGCAUCAACACCAGUGGAGCGGUUUUCCAGGAGGCGGUCGACUGCAAGGCAGAGACAAAGACUGGAGCGUUCAUCGUGAGCGUCCUGCAGCCGCUGAUCGAGAAGAUUGGACCGGAGCAUGUCGUCGCGAUUUGCACGGACGGCGGCAGCAACUACGUGUCCGCCGCCAAGCUGUUGCAGAAGAAGUACCCGCACCUGGAGUUUGUCCCCUGCGCCACUCACGUGCUCGACCUGCUGUUGGAGGACUUUGGCGGCAUGGAUUAG